AUGGUGCCUUUUACCCUUGUUCUCAUUGCUCUAGUGGUUGCUCUGGGUGGUUUUGUGUAUGGAGUGGACUCAGGUAUCAUUGCGACGACGUUGGCGCAUGAUACGUUCAAGUAUGCCAUGCUGGGCCCGACUGGGACCAAUGCUGCCCUAACUGGUGCUAUCGUGUCUCUGUAUAAUGUUGGCCAGGCGUUUGGUACUUUCGGUGCCGGAUACUCGGCCAACAAGUUCAGUCGACGAUGGACCAUCUGUGCUAGUGCAAUGAUUGCAAUCGUUGGUGCCACCCUCCAGACUGCAGCAGUCAAUGCUGGCAUGAUGAUCUUCGGACGCUUUUUAGCCGGGAUGGGAUGUGGAAUCCUCCUGGCUGUCGUGCCCACCUAUAUCGCCGAGAUCUCCCCUCCCCAGCAUCGAGGAAUGAUUGUUGGUCUCCAGGGAUUCAUGAUCGCCAUUGGCUUUUUUAUUGCCAAUUGGAUUGGCUAUGGUGGUGCAUAUGCGAAGGGUGACGCCCAGUGGCGGAUUCCUCUUGCAAUGCAGAUCCCAGGACCCAUAGCUUUGGCCCUUGGAUGCUACUUCAUUCCAUAUAGUCCCCGUUGGUUGGUUCGACAGGAACGGUAUGAAGAGGCGCAUGCCGUCUUGACCACCUUGCACGGCGACGACGAAGAAGCAGUAGCUCGGGAACUCGCAGAGAUUCGACACCACAUCCAAGCUGAAAUGGCACGAGGGCCAAGUUUCAAGGAGUCUCUCACAAAUCUCCUCUCUCGCCGAUAUGUGCACCGUACAUCGAUGGCCUGCUUCCUUCUCGUCAUGGGCCAAUUCAGUGGUUCUUCUGUUAUCCAAAACUACCAGAGCAGUUUCUAUGCAGCGGUUGGAUUCACUGGAAAGACUUCUUUGUUGAUCAGUGGUAUCUAUGGCAUCAUGGGUGUCAUUGGCCAGGUGAUCUACCUGUUCUUCGCUGCUGACAGGUGGCCUCGCACUCGAACAUUGUGGGUUGGUUCUGUUUUUUUGUCGGUGAUGAUUGCCAUCUGCAUGGCCCUUUCCGCGUUUUACGGUGACGCAGACACUGGAAACAUCAGUGGUGCACGGGCUGCCAUUGCCAUGAUUUUCCUGUAUUCCUGUGGAUACGCUGUCUUCUUUAAUGCGACAAUCUGGGUGGUGCCAUCGGAGAUUCUUCCUUUCUCCCUUCGAGCAACAGGUAUGGGCCUUGCGGUGUUCUGCAAGUCUAUUUCUGCCAUUAUCUUGUCACAGAUUACACCCACGGCACUUCAGAAUGUCGGCUGGCGGUACUAUUCCCUCUUCAUUGCCACGAACCUGGCUGCAGCGUUUGUGUAUUUCUUCCUAUUGCCGGAGACCAGUGGUAAGACUCUGGAAGAAAUUGAGGAACUGUUUGGAGACACCGUUGUUGCGGAUCGUGAGGCCAAGUUUCAUGACGGGGAUCAAGCAACUGUGAAGACUCCAGAACCCAAGUCCUCCCAUGUUGAAAGUGUCGUGUAA